AUUGAUUUGGGUACCUACACUAUUUCAACAUGAAACACUGCAAGUCCUGUGUGGAUGUUGGAAUAUGAGGGAUUCCCGUGUCCACAUUGAUUAAUAAUUGGAUUUUCUAUGUGAUACCUCUUCAAUGAGAUCAUCUUUACUGAAUCCAGUCCAAUUGGACAGUGGAGUUCAGAGAACACACAGCGGUCCAAUCACAAGGCCGAAAUCUCAAAGCUCCAGCGUUCACCUAACUUACCUUAGACUGCACGUCUCGUCCGUCCCAAAACGUGGCCAGUAGCUCCAACAACUCGAACACCAAGACGCGACAUUGUCAACGUUUCUCCUUCAAGCUCUCCUUUGCUUUUUGUACAACACUUCGAGAGCAAAAGCUGCAACUGCAGCUAAUCAAAAGCUCACCAUGUACAAUUCUCUCACACGUAUUCAAAACACCUUUGGUUUCUUUACCACUGUCGCAUUUGUGGUCGCAGCUUUUAUCGCUGUGUCUGACCUCUUGGCUCCACGGGCGCCCGAUGCUGGCAUAUUCCAGAAGACAAGCGCUCAAGUUGUAAAGGGCCGACCACACUACUACAGCUCUAAGAAGGAGGAAUACGCCAUCAUUCGAUUCAACCUCGAUGCUGACUUGAGGAGCCUCUUUACAUGGAAUACCAAGCAGGUUUUUGUCUAUGUCACUGCUGAGUGGCCUGGCCCCAACAAUUCGACUAAUGAGGCUGUUAUCUGGGAUAAAAUCAUUACCAACCCCAGCGCCGACCAUCUCCAGAACAUUGGACCUGUUGCGAUGAAGAAGCUAAAGCGUAGCGCUGAGGGCAAGUCCAUCGAUCCUGAACGUGGCUUUAUCGGCCUCAAAAAUCAGAAGCCAAAGUAUCAGAUCACCCACCCCAGUGGGAAGGUCGCCGAGAUAGAUGACGUGAAGCUCAAGCUCCAUUACAAUGUUCAGCCGUGGGUCGGGUUUCUAACUUGGGAUCAGUCCCGGGAUAUCGGUCACUGGAGGGCUUUGAAAUGGGGAGAGUCGCCUAAGUUCCAACUUCCUGCUCUCAAGCCUAAGAAGAAAGAUGGUCAUAAGAAGAGCUACUAAUGAUAGACAAAUACGUUUGUGUUCUUGAAAUUGCAUUCGUGGUGUAAUAUGGCCCCCGAGUCUUUGACAAAGCCAUAAUUGUAACUCUAUGCGGGAAUGGCCCCCCGGACAAGA